AUGCAAUCAAUACUCACCACUGGCUUGCCUAAACCGUUCCACGGUUCAAAGGAUGCACAGUUCUUGCAGCUCAGUGGCUCUUCCUCUGGAGAGUUGAUCCUUUUUACAUAUACUCCUACUUCUUCAGAUAAAUCAGAUGUCCACCAGGAGUCCUUCCUUCUCUUUACUGGGGCGAAGAAUGAGGAAUUAUAUAAUGAGCCUGGCCAGGUUGUUUGUUGCACGCAUGACUUGAGCCAGAUAACUCGAUUCUUCGAUCGAAAGCUCCAUAUCCAUGUUCGCUCCCCGACAAACACCUAUCCUUGCACUAAGACCUACAGCUUGAACACGUGCACUCCAAAGUUUGCCUCCCUGAUAACGCUUAAUACGGGCCAAUCUGUCUUAGUGGUUUUGGGGGCUUUAGUUCAGAAGCUGUCUUCAAAUGAGGUUUCAAAGUACUUCAGCACAUGCUCUCAUCAAGAUCCAGUCAAGAUUGCUGCCUCAUAUACUUUUCUUUAUGUUUUACACAGAGAGACUGGCUCUCAGAUCAACUCCUUCUUGAUACCAAUCAAGCGAAAGAAUAGCAUCGCUGAUAUAGCUUACGAUACAGCCGGGCUUCUUCAUAUCUACUACAGGAAUAGCCAGGCAAUUCUUCUAGAGCUUACUGUGAAGCCCUUGGAGUUUUACAAUCUAGAGUUUACAAAGGAUACCGUCUCUCUAUUAGAUUCACGCGGAGAGUCUGUUAGGCCUCUCUCUCCUUCAGUCACACAAAGUACUCUUCGGCUGGAGGCGCUUCAUGCUUCUAGAAUAAGCGCAUCAGGGCCUCUCUUUGGAAGACUAUCCUUUUCUUCACUUACCCUGCAUAUACUCUGUGACUAUGUUAGUGCCAAGUGCAUUUGUCAUGUGUACGAGGAAGACUCAGAAUCCAAUGAGGUUUACACCCUCUUCAACGAGACCCUCUCUAAUACAGCACUAUGGAUAUCUUCACAGCAUGAUAAGUUGUACUAUGUGAAUUCGGGCGCACCAACCCUUCAAGUGCUCGACGUCGCUGAGCUGAUGGGGUAUGUGCUACAGAAAAAGCAAUCUCUUUGCAGAUUUACUUGGACAAGUGAUAACGCAAAAUUCUUCAAGGGGUUCUGUGAGUCAUCUUCGUCCCCAAUAACACUAAUCAGUAGAGAAGACUUUGAAGUAUACCUAGAAGCGCUACAAAAUCAGCAACAGACAGCAUCAAUCACCAGUCAGUCAAACGCUCCUGAUGAUUCUAAUGUUCUCGAAUCUAACCCAUCGCUUCUGGCGGACUUUUCAGUACUGUCUAACUCCGUUAUCUCCGAGCUUGCACAAGAGCGUUCUGACUCUGCUGAACUGGAUACGGCAAUGGAGCGUGACGCCGUCAAUGCCACGGGUACAGAUGUACCCAAUUCAUCAUUUGACGACCUAUCUGCACGUGUGCUUACUCUCGAGGAGACCCUACGGAUACAGUCUGCGGAUCAUCGGAAGCUGAUCAAAGAGCUGGAAGAGUUUUACGAUGCAAUUGGUAGUAUUGCAGACAAACAGGCCAAGCUAUCGAGGAAGCUUGACGACUUUAUGAAAGUGCACAUGAAGGACACACCAGCGAGCUUGGUGGACGCAGCAAAAGUAGCACCUAUUGGUAUGUCCGCCACGUCAAAGGAUCAGGCACAAACACUAGGAGAGAAUCUGAAGACCUUGGCAGUGACAUUAUAUAGAAUUGUGGUUGAUCUUACCGGUCUUGCUGUUAAACUAGUCGAGCGGUUUGGUGCUAAGCUGUCAAUGCGCAAGGACAUGUAG